CUCGCCCUCGCGCCUCCCCGCCCUCGCGCAGGCGCAACAAUGGCGGCCGCCUCGAGGGGCCUGCUCGCGCGCCUCCGUGUCCUCUCACUCUCCGGCGGCGGGAGCCCGUGGCUCCGCUUCCCGCCUUCCCGGCUCUUCUCCGCGGAGGCCUUCGUCUCCCAUUCCGAUGACGACGACGCUGGGGGCGAGGGAGGAGGCGGGGGCCGGAUCAUCGAGGCACGGUCCGGGGUGAUGGGCCCCACCUCGCGGCGCACCGGCGUCAUCGGCGUCAAGUGCGGGAUGUCGGCGAUGUGGGACAAGUGGGGCGCCAAGGUGCCCAUCACCGUCCUCUGGGUCGACGACAACGUUGUUACCCAGGUCAAGACCGCCGAGAAGGAGGGUUUCUUCGCCCUACAGCUUGGAGCAGGUCAAAAGAAGGAAAAACACCUAACAAAGCCUGAAGUUGGCCACUUUAGAGCACAGGGAGUGCCUCUGAAAAGAAAGCUAAGGGAAUUUCCUGUCACUGAGGAUGCGCUUCUUCCUGUUGGCACAAGCAUCACAGUUCGUCACUUUGUUCCUGGACAAUUUGUUGAUGUCACUGGAAUCACGAAGGGGAAAGGUUUUGCAGGUGUAAUGAAAAGAUAUGGUUUUGGUGGGAUGCCUGCAUCACAUGGAACAUCUUUGGCGCAUCGCAGUGGUGGCUCUACUGGUCAAAGAGAUGCUCCUGGAAGGGUUUUCAAAAACAGAAAAAUGCCUGGACGCAUGGGUGGUGUGCAACGCACAGUGAAGAAUGUAUGGGUCUAUCAAAUAGACCCAGCCAGGAACUUACUGUAUCUGAAGGGCCAGGUUCCUGGUCCUCAAGGUAGCUUUAUUUUCGUUAAGGAUUCUAUAUAUAAGAAACCUGACACGGCUUUGCUCCCAUUUCCUACAUACUUCACGCGUGAAGGUGAGCCUGAAGACUUGGAGCCCCUGAUUGCUGAUCUUGGUGAUGUUGACCCAUUCAUGGCAGCCGAUUAAGACAAUGCACAAAGUUGGUUAAUUCCUUUUUGUGUUCUAAGCACUCCUUGAGCUCGUCCAUUCCACGAGAUUGUCAAACUCUCGAUGGAUGUGAGCAGUUCCUGAAUCACAAGCUUUAUCCGGUUACUGGCCAGCCUGAUCAAUGUUGUUCCAUGUACAUUACCUGGCAAGUAUACCAGUGCUCUAAUGGUUUUUAGAUGAUUGUUUUGAUUGACCGAAUAUAACCUUUUUCUCAAUAAGUUGUACGCGGAGCCACAAGUAGUAUAUAAAAUCAGAAUAUUUCACUCAUGAGAGUGUGUUCUGGUUUUACGCGAGCUGCUUAUGUUAUUGCUAGCUGUUAGUUUAUUACCUGUCAUUUUUACUUUCUAUUUCUAAUACAACCUUUUCUUUUUCUAAUAAUCUUUAUUUCAAUUCUUCUUUU